AUGCGAGCCUCUGUGCUGCCGAAGCUCCGCGUCCUGCGCCUCCAGAAGGUCUCGAUCUUUGACCAGCUCGUGCUUGAGGAAGCGCUCUUCCGCGCGGACCGCGACAACUGGUUCAUCUGGAACGAGCGGACCGGCGAUCCGAAGAUCGUCAUGGGCAUCUCCGGGAAGCCCGAGAAGCUCCUCGACGUUGAAGCUGUCGCCAGAGACAAGGUCCCGGUCAUCAAGCGCUUCAGCGGCGGAGGCACCGUCGUCAUCGACGACAACACGCUCUUUACGACCUUCAUCGUCAACACGAGCGCCAAGCCGCAGGUGAAGCCAUACCCGCGCGAGAUCAUGGACUGGUCCUCCACCUUCUUCACGCCGCUCUUCGAUGACAUCACCAAGCACACCGAGUCGUUUGCGCUGCGGGAAGACGACUAUGUCUUUGGCGACCGCAAGUUUGCUGGCAAUGCGCAGAGCAUUAGCAAGGACCGGUGGCUUCAUCACACGUCGUUUCUUUGGGACUACAGCGCGGCCAACAUGCGCUACCUCCAGAACCCGGCCAAGCAGCCCGCUUACCGCGCCAAGCGCGACCACACCGAGUUCCUCUGCAAGCUCAAGGACUACGUGGCGUCGCGUGACGUACUCUACCAGUCGUUCAACCACCACCUGCAGCAGCACUUUGACGUCGACGAUGUUACGCUGGCCGACCAUGAGCUGGCAAGCAUCCUCGCCCGCGAGCAUCGCAAGACGACCAAGUGGGUCGAUGUCAACGCCUAA